AUGUCAAUGCCUUUACAAGCUUCUUUCUCAUACAAACAACAUUCUCCCACUUUCCCUUCCUUCAAAAAAACUCUACUGGAUGAAGUAAAAUAUUGGUCAGAACAGAAAGUGACAGAAUGGUUAUCGAAUCAGUCUUUAGGGCGAUUCAGUCAGACAUUUCUUGAACAGAAGAUCUCGGGCUCAAUUUUACUCGACUUGGAUUAUGAAUCGUUGAAAGCGAUGGAUAUUAAAACAGUAGGCGAACGUGUUCGCUUAUUAGUCGCUAUCAAAGCACUACGGCAAGAAUGUUACUUGUCCGCGUCUUUAGCGGCAAGAAAUAAUCAACCAAAAGUUCAUAAUGAAAGUUCCAAUCACGAGAGCAAAAACUAUCAUCCCAGUAAUAACGAUUUGUUGGAGAAUAUGUUGAAUACACCAAUUAUACCAGUAGUGUCAGCCUCUCUCUCUAAAUCGACAAAGUCAUCAGAAACUACAAAUGCGAAAAGCUUACUCAAUAGAUCAAAUUCGUUUUCCAGAUUCCUCGGUCGAUCUGAUUCAAAGAAAUCCCAAGCGGUGCAACAGCAGAAUAAUAGUAGUAGCAAUUUAAGCAAUAGCGGCCAGCAACUAUCCAAUUCAGAUAUCCAUUCUUCAUCUCCAUCAAGCCCGCGAACAGUACAAAAGAGGAAUUCAUUAGAGGGUGGUAUUAUGUCAAUGGAAAAGGUCAAGCAAACCUGUGUUAAAGUUUUUGGCGAAGAUGGCCAAACGCGUAUUGUCAAUGUUCAUACAGCUAACGAGGCAAAGCAAAUUAUGGGAAAAGUCUUGCAUAAGUUUGGUAUUGACGAAAGCAGUGCAGACAGUUAUUGCAUUUUUGUUGGCUCCAGCACAAAUGGAGAAGCUAGAACAUUAUCUGACGCAGAAUUAGUUGAGAUUUGCCGAUCUACAGAUAGACCCGAAAAAGAGCGCCUAAUUUUACGUAAACGACAUCUGUACCCAACCCAUGAAGAGUUCAAACGGAAAGGAACAAUAAAUGCCGCUUCACGCAGGCAUAUUGAACCGGAUAACAAUAAGGUCUCUCCAGCAGCUUAUGUCAACUGGAAUAAUAACAGCAGUAGCAGCAAUAGUGGCACUUCAUACAACCUUUCUCCACCUCCUUUCUCAAAUGCCAUUAGCAGUAAUAACACUUACAAAAAGCCUUUCAGAUCCAAUACUGUAACAAGCAAUAACAGCAUCAGUAGUAACAGUAACAGUUUGCAAGGGCAGCAACAAUUACAAUCACAACAACAGCAACAACAUAAUCAAAACGGACGAAGACGCUUUUUCGGUGAACGACCUCCAUCAGAAAUGAUCACCUCUAAUUUACAAUCCUUUUUCCCUAAUCACAAUCGAGAAGUGUUAGAAACAGCUGGUAUCAAAGCGCAACGAUUGUCAAUGACACGACGUAAUUCUGCUUUGGGUCGAAUGGAACCACGAAACUACCGUAACAGUGUAUUACCAGAAUUGGUGUCUGUUUUAGGUGUAGAUUUAGAUAAAUUCCUAGAAGAAGAGGAACAACAGCAACAGCAACAGCAACAGCAACAACAACAACAUUUAAAUGAUACUAACGACACUGAAGCAACAAACGCAUCUACAUCUACUGCAUUUACCACCACUACCACUAAUACCAUUGAAACGUCUAAUAUUAAUGAUACCCGCCACUAUUAUGAUCACAAUAAUCAACUCUUAAGAAAAAACAGUAAUAUCAAUAAUAACAAUAAUAAUGAUAUCAAGAAAGAGGCUAACAAAGAGCCACAGCAACAAUGCAAACAACAAGAAACAAACCCUCGAAUUCAAAGAAGGACAUCAAGUAGAAGAUAUAGAAAAGAACCUAAGCCAUUGAAAUUGGAAGACAGUAACAAGAAAUUACUAUCACAGGAAACCAACAACAAUAACAUACCUAGUGUUCGUGAGCCUGUCACAACUCCUGUAUCUGCGACAUCAACAAAGACGAGACAACUACCAGACACAUGGAUGAAAGGUUCUCUUAUCGGCAGAGGUACCUUUGGUGACGUCUACUUAGGUCUUAACCCUAUCAGUGGGGAGUUUAUGGCUGUGAAGCAAGUCGAACUACCCGUCGAGAACUCCGCUAGUGAAGAACGUAAACGGUCUAUGGUCGAAGCACUCCGUCAUGAAAUUGAGCUCUUGAAAGAUCUGGAACAUGAGAAUAUUGUGCAAUAUCUUGGCUCACAAACCGAUGAGGCUUACUUCAGUAUUUUUUUGGAAUACGUGCCGGGUGGUUCAGUAGCAGGAUUGUUGGCAAGUUACGGAGCAUUUCAAGAACCCUUGGUCAAGAGUUUUGUACGACAGAUUUUGAAGGGUUUAAGUUAUUUGCAUAAUAAGGACAUUGUUCACCGUGACAUAAAAGGUGCAAACGUGCUAGUAAAUGAUAAAGGCGGUGUUAAGAUAUCGGAUUUUGGCAUUUCUAAAAAAGUAGAGGAAGGAAUUAUGUUACCAGGGCAAAGUAAUGCUUCAACGGCUCACAGACCGAGUUUACAGGGUUCAAUUUAUUGGAUGGCGCCUGAAGUUGUAAAGCAGACCCAUUAUACAAAAAAAGCAGAUAUAUGGUCUCUUGGUUGCAUGGUUGUGGAAAUGUUUACUGGAGAUCAUCCAUUUCCUGAGUUCUCACAAAUGCAAGCCAUAUUUCAGAUUGGUUGUUAUACCGCACCCAAUAUUCCCCCUAAUAUUAGCGAAGAUGCUCAAGAUUUCUUGAAGUGUGCUUUCCAAUUAAAUUUUGAAGAGAGACCUUCUGCUCAAGAACUUCUUCAACAUCCAUUUAUAGUCGAAAUUGAAAAUGAUGGAUUUGAUGAUUAA